GACAACACGAGUCAGUCUUAGGCUGACUAUUAAGACAUUCCCGGUUUCAUUCCCGGUUUCAAGGGCAAGGCGCUGGUUCUCUGGGGUUUGCGAGAUCAGGAUGCUGUGCUGUUUUUCUUUCCUAGAAUCAUGGAAUCGCAGAGCUGGAGGGAAAGGGACCUGAGGGUCAUCUAGCCCAACCCCCCUGCAAUGCAGGAAUCCUGCCCACAGCCAUCCCUGGGUGGGCUUGAACCACCAACCUUCUUGUUAACAGCCAGACGCACUGACCCACAGAGGAGCAAAAGUGCGGGCAGCAUAUCCUCCCCCCCCCCCCACCAUGCACGGUUUACUCAGAAGUAAGCCUCACUCAGUCCAGUGGAGCUUACUCACUAUGCUGCAGCUGGACAUCAUUGCUGACUAUGUGUUAUUUAUCUAGGUUUCCAUUGGAAUUUUUAAUUUAAACUUAGAAUCGUGGAAUUGCAGAGCUGGAAGGAACCCAGAUGGUCAUCCGGUCCAAACCCCUGUGAUGCAGGAAUGCCCAGAACGGCUUGGGGAAAACUCCCUAAUAAGUUCUUAACCUGAGGGGCUGGUGGUGUUUGACGAGGCGGCCGUGCACUUCACUGAGGAGGAGUGGGACCUGCUGGAUCUGAACCAGAGGUCAUGCUGGAGAUUCACGACUUGGUGACCUCGCUGGCUCCUGCCAUCGGGACGGAGAUAUAGAACAAUGCAGGCAAGAACGAGCCGUCUCAGGAACAGUUUCUUCUCUAGAGCGAUUUUGGCCUUAAAUGGAAAGCCUGGACUUUGAAGUCAUCUUAUUUUACUUGUUAUUUUGUAUUAUAUUUACUGUUUUUAAUCAGGUUUUUGUAAUUUUGGAUUAUGCGGAAUGCUUUAUCGGAGUGGAUGUAGCAACCGAGUAACUUCGUUGUUCCCGCAAGGGGACAAUGACAAUAAAGAUAUCUUAUAUCUUAUAUCAAGGAAAGAAACAACUAUCUGACUUUUAGAAGACAUCUGAAGGCAGCCCUGUUUAGGGAAGUUGUUAACGUUUGGUGUUUUAUCGUGUUUUUAAUAUGCUGUUGGGAGCCACCCAGAGUGGCUGUGGGAACCUUGUAUAUCACUACUACACACUCUCAAAGCCUGUCUAGUCUUAGGUGAAGAGGGGUCAGGAAUGCUUUCCAAGGACACUGAAUCUGCCAGCUGUGUUUCCUUUUCUAGCUGUUCCUCACCCAGUAUUUCCCAGCUUUUCCCCUCUGGACUAUGCCCUUCUGCAAACCACUAUUCUAAAUCAAUACUGUCCUCCUGCCCUUGGGAAGGUUCAGGAAAAGGGGGUGGGCUCCCACCAUUCCUCCUCAGUCCAGACCCUGACAUGACUGCGUCUCUAUUUCAAGAUGGACCUGUGAGCUCCAGACCUGACCUCAUCUCCUGGCUGGAAGAAGACAGAAAAGACCUCUUUGCCAAAGGCUCCAUGGAAGAGAUCAGAUCCACAGGUGCCAGAUCUCUGAAGAAGAUCAAGGUGGAGAGCUUCCCGGACGAAGCUCCCGUGAUCAAGGAAGAGUAUGAGGCUCUGCCGGAAAGAUGCCAAGAGAAUAUUUCUUUCCCCAAUGAGGCCAGUGAGGAGGCGCACCUACUAAGCCGCGCUUCCGACCAUGGUUUUCCCGAAGGCAUGUCCCUCUCGAGCAGCGGCAGGAAAGGGCGCGGCGUCUCCUGGAGGCACCAGGAAAUCUUGGACCUCUUGGACAUUUGGGGGGAGCCGAAAAUCCAGGAGCAGCUGCGUGCCAGCCACCGCAACAUCGAGGCCUUUGAGAUCAUCGCCCGCAAGAUGGCCUGCCGCGGCCACCGGCGCAACGCCGUGGAGUGCCGCUCCAAGACCAAGUGCAUGAGGCUGGAGUACCAGCGGGUUGUGAACCACAACUCCAGGACCGGGAAGCACACGGCCACCUGCCCGUACUACACAAAGCUGCACAGCAUCCUCCACAACGGGGACGCGGCCGUCCGGCCAAAGCGCAUCCCCAGGAACAUUAAGAAAAAGACAAGAGCCUCGACACCGCUCGCCAAGGAGGCUGCCACUCCCGAGCGCGCCGAGGAACUUUGUGGCCAGGAUGCGCAAGCAGGAAAUGCAGAGGAGUACAUGGUGAAGCAAGUUCUUGUACCUGGAGAUGGCCACAGCGAAGAAAAGGCCAUAGAAGAGAGCAUUGAGACGUGCAUCGUUGGAGAUCGCUCCGAUGCAGCCUCCAGCGGAAUAGGGGUGGAAAUGGAAGCCGACCAGGCAGACACAGAGGUGGAGAAGGAACAAGACGCUGCCGCCCCGCCCCGCCCGGCUCCUGCCCUGUCCCCCGAUACUUGCAUGGCAAUCCUGAGGACCAAGAAGAAGCGGAAAGGCGAGAGCGACAUGAUUGAGCGGCUGAUGAAGCACUCCUCGAUGGAGAACGCCCGGCUCCUGUCCGCCAUGGAGAAAGACAGCAAGGUUUUCUCAGAGUACGUGCAGCUCAUGAAAGAGGAGGACGCGCAGAUCAAGGAGGAGAGGAAAGCCUUUCUGAACUCCAUUGACCAUCUCGGCACCAUCCUCCAGGGCCUCGUCUCCGGCCUGAAUAAAAUCGGAGAGGCCCUCCUCAGGCCAGACCAAAGCCCGGCCGGCGGGUUCGCAGACAGCUUCUCCUCUCUAAACUCGCCCCUGGGCUGUGUGUCGCCGGUGCUUUGCAAUGGAGAAAGCACCCCUUCUCAGAGCACUCAUUUCCCCGGCUCGCUGGAGAGGGCGUCUCCGGAAACAUCGAGCCCCGCCAAGGAAUCUGUGUACAUUCCAGACUGCCAAGGGUAGCGGUGCAUAAAGGCCAGGUGUGGACGACCCUUUUCAAGCCUCCCUUGUGGCUUAACCUUCCCCCCCCCCCCGGGGCCUGCAUGCCAGAGGUGGGGGGAGCUGAUGCAAAAGGGGGCAGAGCCGAUGCAGAAAAAUAUUAACAGUAGGCCGAUGUCACCUCUCGUGCAUAUGCACCCCAUUGAUACAGAAACACAGGGAAUAUUAGAUCUGUCCCCCCAAGCUUGACUGCUUGUGGGUGGAGGAGAUCUCUUGAGCCGCAGUUUUCAGGAUGCAAUCUUCACCCUACCGCAGAGCAAUGAGGCUUGAACUCAUUGGAGAAAUGAAGCGUCUCCCCCCCUCCCCAGCCUGAACGCUACACAGGAGCGUCUUUGUCAGGGUGUGGGGUUGCGGAGUAGGGGUGGGACGUUAAAACCCCCCUCUCAAAUCUCCCAGUCGCAACCGACCCGAAGCAAUGGAUUUGCCAUGCGUGGAGCCACUGGGAGGCGGGUUAACGGGACCGAGGAUCGAACCGGUGGUCCCUUCACCUCUGGCAUUAAUCAGCAAGCUAUGCUGUUCCCCGCUUGCGGUUUACCAGAGAUAUCCAGUCGCGUUAAGACGUUUUGGGGGAGAGAGCUGUGGCAAAUGUCCUCGGUGCCUCACGCGGGAGUUGGCUGAGCCUCCGUUCGGCAGCCCGAGAUUGCUUACCGGCACUGAAACCAAAAUGAAUUCGAUCGAAGUGCGGGGAGAUAUAACCUUCCUCCUCAGCCGAUUGGCAAGGGUCGCCUGAGGGGGGCGUGAGGGGCUUUGUGUGGUGGUCGUGCGUGUGAGAGAGUGUGCUUUUCAGAGGGGGGCAGGUAGCCGCAUGUGACGUUGGUCUGUGGCCCCCGGAUGCCUAGCCAAGGCUGAAUGCGGCCCUGCGGACAGUAACUGUUUGCCGCCCCUUGUUCCAAGUGCAUGUUCUUUACUGGGGGUUUUAAUAGCCUAAUGAGCGCAGCUGCAUUCAAAUGAAAUAAGCCAGAGUGAAGGAUUUCUUUUUGAAAAAAUAGAUCUCUGUCUCUCUCUCUAUAUAUAUAUAUUAUGCAUUUUUCUAACAACUCUAAUCUUAGCGCACACCUGAACCCAUUUAAUUCUGUGUUUUGUGCAACAAAGGCAUAGGUUUCCUGAUUUAUAAAUAAGAAGCACCUUCCCCCCGUCCCCCCUUCGUUGUUUUAAAGAAGAUUUUUU